AAUCGACGUACCGAACCAAUGACCGCACCUAUAUCAUACCACAAAUCUAUACCAAAACUUACGCUUACGAAGUUCGACGGUGAUCCUCUAAAGUGGACAGAUUGGCUCGGUAUGUUCGAAGCAAUCAUUCACCGGUCGGAGAUGUCACCCUUCGAGAAAAUGACCCACCUUCAACAGAACGUUGUCGGAAAAGCGAAAUCCGUAAUCGCAGGCUUUCGCUACAACGGGAACCUUUAUUACCGAGCGUUGAAGUGUUUGGAAAAUCGCUUUGGAAAACCUCAUAUCGUAGUCCAAGCCCAUCUCGAUAAGCUUUCGAAAGUGGCACCAGUUGCGGAGGACGCCGCCGGUAGUGUUUCAGCAUUCUCCACCGUAAUUAACAAUAUUGUUUGGACAUUCCAGGACCUGGGCUACCUAGAUGACUUGAAAGCUGCGAGCAACGUCAAGUCUGCCAUUGAGAAACUACCAUCACCCAUGAUUUUGAAAUGGAACGAACAUUUAAUACGAAAUAAGAUCAUACGCCCCACGCUGAUCACCCUCGGAGAUUGGUUGCAGGAACAAUCCGAAGCCUACGAACUAUUGCCCACGAAGCCAAAACCAAAGUUUGCUGGAAAAGCCGGAGUGGAUAGACAACGACGAAGACGAGACGACCCCCCUGCUAACUCGUACGCCACCCACGAAGGUGAACGGCCAGCAACGCCUUGCUUGUUUGAAGACGGCAAUCAUCCAGUUUCUUCAUGCCCGAAGUUCGCAGCAUUUACCCCCGACGAACGAGCCGAAGCUGUCAAAGAGAAGAACCUAUGCUUUCGUUGCCUGAAAGGUGGUCAUCGUAUACGCGAGUGUCGAUCGCAGAAAUCUUGUGGUGUCGACGGCUGUCAAAAGAAACAUCACGAACUAGUCCACCUAGCAAAACAAGUCUUCGGAAAGGGAGACGCCAACCAACAUGUUAAAUCUUCGCAUUCCCAGCGCCAAUCGCAAGUUCUCCUUCAAGUUGUCCCUGUAACGCUUCACGGGCCGGCCAAGACCGUGAGAACUUAUGCAAUGUUAGAUUUAGGGAGCACUUGUUCUCUAAUACAAAACGAUAUUGCUAAUGAACUUGGUUUGGAUGGUCCCACGGAGAAAAUGAUGUUAAACGGCAUUCAACAUCGCAGUUCCAUCUUUUCCAAGAAAGUCAACUUUGACAUCAGCUCCUCGCAGAAUCCCAAUCAAAGAUGGACGGUUGACCAAGCGAGAACCGUCGAGAGACUGAACUUACCGAAGGUGAAAGUUGAUAUGCCUAAAGAAAAGACAAGAUGGCCACAUCUUGUUGAUCUUCCCCUGCCACCCAUCGAUGGGAAUCGUGUUACAGUUCUCCUUGGAGCUGACGUGUUCGACCUCAUCGUCCCUCUGGAGGUACGCACCGGUCCCAAAGGCGCUCCUCGAGCAGUACGGACGGCCCUCGGUUGGACAGCGACAUCGCACUUACCUGACCACAGACUAGAAGGGUCAGACCAUACAAUGAAGGUUCACGUGACAACGCCUGACGAGGACCUUCGACUCCAAGUCCAAAAAUGGUGGAAAACGGAGUCGUUUGGCUGCAAAUACGCCGAGGAAUUGCCCAGAACAAUCGAGGACAAACGAGCCUUGGAAAUCCUUGAGUCAACAACGAAGAAGGUUGAUGGCCGUUAUCAAUCGGGUCUACUGUGGAAGGAAGUGAACGCAACGUUGCCCAACAACCGUGUGGUAGCCGAGAAACAGCUGCUCGCCCUGGAAAAAAGACUGGACAAAGAUAAACACCUCGCUCUCGCUUAUCAAGGAACAAUUGAUAAUGACUUAGAGAAAGGUUAUGCAAAGAAACUCACACCGGAAGAAGCAGCUGCCCCUGUCAAACAGCAGUGGUUCCUUCCUCACCACCCAGUCCUCAACCCAAACAAACCAGGCAAAGUACGAAGAGUCUUCAACACCGCUUCCCCCUUCAGAGGUGUAUCUCUGAACGACCAUCUGCUGACCGGACCCGAUCUGUUAAAUUCCCUCGUCGGGGUGCUGAUGCGUUUCCGCGAGGAAUGAGUCGCUUUGUCUGCAGAUAUAGAAUCGAUGUUCUCCCAAGUUGCCGUCCCCGAAGAAGAUCAAACCGUUCUCCGUUUCCUGUGGAGAAAAGACCGUAGUUUGCAGCCGGAUGUCUAUCAGUUUCGUCAUCACAUAUUCGGAGCGAAGUCAUCGCCGACUUCUGCGAACUAUGUAUUGCGCCAAACAGCAAAGGAUAGCUCUGACGAAUUUCCUGCAGCUGCAGAAACGGUCCAGAGAAACUUCUACAUGGACGAUCUCUUCAAGUCCGAAGAGGACGAGAACACAGCAGUACAGACCCACGAGAACCUUACCGAGUUGCUGUCAAGGGGCGGCUUCCGCCUAACGAAAUGGUGCAGCAGCUCACGUGACGUGCUGGCCCGUAUACCAGAAAGUGAACUCUCUCCUUCUUUAAAAGGACUCGACCUUAACGACGAACUCCCCGUCGAACGUGCACUCGGGGUAGCCUGGAACACAGAAUUGGACUCUUUCGUUUUCAAGAACCCAACCCGAAAAUCGGCGACCACACAGAGACAGGUUCUUAGUUUAAUCGCCACCAUCUAUGAUCCCCUCGGAAUGAUCGCACCAUACACCCUCAGGUCGAAAAUAUUCCUCCAGAGUCUAUGGUGUGCCAAAAGAGGUUGGGACGAAGAAAUCAGUCAGGACGAACUAGCCCCGUUUAAAGAAUGGCUAGACGAAUUACCAGACUUGGCCGCGUUCGAACACCCGAGAUUCUAUCGAGCGAUGCCCAGCAGCCCAACCACCAUUCAAGUCCACGUCUUCGGCGACGCCUCGGUUGAGGCCUUCUGUGCAGUGGCCUACUUCAGGUUCCUGUAUCAAGAUGGAUCUAUCCAGUGUCGCUUCGUGAUGGGGAAAACCAGAGUUGCACCCCUCCGACAACUGAGCAUUCCAAAGCUCGAACUACAAGCUGCCGUGAUGUGUGUCCGCCUGUUGGAGACAGUUAAGAGAGAGCAUACGUACGACUUUGAAUCCUGCCACCUGUGGAGUGAUAGCAGCACAGUCCUUCAAUGGAUUCGAAGCGCAAGUCGUCGUCAUCCAACAUUCAUCGCUAAUCGCAUAUCCGAGAUCCAGGAUUCUACCGACCCCCUGCAGUGGCGACAUGUCCCCGGCCGUCUCAAUGUAGCUGACGAAGGCAGCCGUGGUCUGCACGCAGCUGAGCUCCACCCCGAAUGCCGAUGGUUGAACGGGCCGGCCUUCCUUUCUCAGCGCGAAGAAUUCUGGCCGACGGAAGCCAAAACGAACAACGAUACGCCAGAUGUAGUUGACCCAGAGUGGACUGGAGCGGCCCACCAAGCUCCGCACGUUUCCCUCGACCCCGCUCAUUUCUCCUCCUGGAACAAGCUGAUACGUACCACAGGCUGGAUCCUCCGAUUUAUCAGGAACUGUCAAAAACCACAGCAAGAGCGGCAGUUAGGAUUGAUCACCGUCGCAGAACACAACAAAGCCAGAGAUAUGUGGAUAAAGAGAGCCCAAAUCGAACAAUUUUCUCUCGAACUUCGUGGGCUACAGACCAGAACACCUAUCUCUCGACAAAGUCGAAUCUUGACCUUGACGCCGUUCCUCGAUGAGAAUGGCUUACUCCGGGCUGGUGGCCAGCUGUCCAAAGCUCCAGUUCGAUACUCUACGCGACAUCCAAUUAUCCUCCCGCAGAAGCAUGAUGUCACAAGGCUUAUCAUAACCCACUUCCACAAAAGUCUUUACCACGAAGGUAAUGAGCAUGUCCGUAACGCCAUUCGUCAGGAGUUUUGGAACUUGAAUUGUCGCGCCAAAAUACGAAAAAUCGCCCACCACUGUCCUUACUGUCGUAGACGACGAGCCCGACCACAUACUCCGAAGAUGGCCGACCUUCCAAGCGUCAGAUUGAAGGCACAUCUACCACCAUUUUCUCACGUCGGAGUGGACUACUUCGGGCCAUUAACCGUUAAACGUAUUCGCAAGACUGAGAAACGAUAUGGAUGUCUGUUCACCUGUUUGGUCACUCGAGCCGUCCAUAUCGAGAUCGCUUACACGCUCGACACUGAUUCCUACAUUAUGGCGCUUCGCAGGAUGAUUUCAAGAAGAGGAAAGCCUCAACGAAUCCUAUCUGACAACGGUACCAACUUUGUCGGCGCCAACCGAGAGCUGCGUGAAUGUCUCCAGAACUGGAAUAAAGGUAAAAUUCAUGACGAGAUGGUACAACAAGAGAUUGAAUGGCAUUUCAACCCACCAGCCGCGCCUCAUUUUGGUGGUGUUUGGGAACGCCUAGUCCGAGCUGUCGUUGGGAAACAGACCCUGACGGACGAGGUCCUACUCACCAUUAUGGCCGAAGUCGAAGCCUUGUUAAACAGCCGUCCUCUCACCCACGUCAGCACUCAUCUCUCCGAUGAAGAAGCCUUGACUCCAAACCAUUUCCUCCUCGGUCGCCCUAGUCCGAAUUUACCGCCCGAUGUUUUCGUCAGCAAGGAAAUAUCUAGUCGACGUCGAUGGCGACAAGCUCAAGUUGUGACCAAUCACGUUUGGAAACAAUGGUUGAAGGAGUAUGUCCCCAAUUUAUUGCAAAAACGAAAGUGGACUACACAAGCCCGGAACCUGCAAAAGGGUGAUCUCGUACUUGUCGUAGACCCCGAUUCCCCCCGCGGAGUUUGGCCACUAGGUCGCGUGAUCCGCCCGAUUACUGGAGACUCGGGAAUCGUCCGCGCUGUCGAGGUCAAAAUGAAAAGAGGAACACUCGUGCGGCCUGUAGCAAAGAUUGCCUUACUUGAAGAAGCAACUCAAUCCUUGGAAAAGAGUGUUUCCGCCCGCAUGAUACGACCCUGUUUAUAUACGUUUAGUUUUAUUAAUCUUAGUUAUAAUACUCUUGAGCGACAAGCCCUAAGGGGUCGAACUCGAACUGUAUUGUAUUUGUCAACACUUGUCAACGCCGCAUAUUAUAUUAUAUAGCUUAGUUAAAUGUUGUGAAAUACGAGUAGGUUUUAAACCGAGAGACUCGAGACUUAUAGUCAAGCAUGCUGUCUGGUUUUUGGUGAAAUAAAUUUAUGUAUAAAAUAAAACCCACGUCUCGCAUUUGAAUUUACAACGUUCGACGCAUCGAUCGAGAUAUAACAGUGCUAUUGGACAACAUUUUCACAACUGCGAACAUGUGCAAUACAUUGUAAACCUACACUUUGUUUUUGACAAACUUAACAACCCAACUGACGCUGACAAUAACGUUUCCACUUUUAUUUCCAACUUAAUAUUUGACAACUCUCGAAUUCUUCACACUAUUUAUUCUCGCACACCUAACUUACUCUUGUUGCUUGAAGCUCUAUAUAUCAAGUAUCAUUCACCCAGUUAAACACUGGCCUCAAAGCCAGCAAAGAACUCAAGCUUUUUUCUUAAUCGAUACACCCACAUUUCAUCACAAUAACAUCUCACUGCAACUGUUGUGGUUCUGAUUGAGACUUCCGUUAAGCUGUCAUCAUGCCUUGCCAACUUGUAUAUAAGACCAUGUGUAUAUUGUAACUUUAGUUAGUCUGAUGAUGAUUUUGUAAUAAAAUCGAAAUAUUACUCACUCACUUUCUUGUUUGACUCAUAUUUUGGGUUUCAAGAUGCUUAUCUUCGGAUUAUGUUUUGUAUUAUAUUUUUUGAAAUUGUCGGCUGGUAUUGUUUUUUUAUAACACUCCCUUCUUGCUUAGUUUAAAGCCGCGGCUGUGUGCGGAGAACGUCUAGCUGCUUAGUUCCAUCGUCCGACCCACUUUUACUACAUCGUCAUGGCUGACGAAAAUCCUCACCCUGUGGUGCAGUAUCUUAACGAACAGCCUGAACCCGCUAACAAAGCUCCAGCACAAGCUCCAGUACAAGAACCUGUUCAACAAGAACAGCAAGCACCACCGCUUGAGCCACCCAAGCUGACAAUCCAGCAGGCGAACUUGAGGUAAAAAUAUAUACUAAUAUAUCCUCGUUGUUGUUUAUGAAAUGUCGUCCUUUCUCAUCAUCAACCUUGACAUAGCGAUAUGUAUUUUCUACACUAUACAGCCCCGACGAUAUUCUCAAGUUAUAUCCUGUCUAUUUGUGUAUGUGUCUAUUUGAGAACUCACCACGUGUAUAUUUGGGUGAAAGUUCGCCUCAAUUCUACAGUAUACGAUUGCCUGAGUGGACAAAAAUCAACUCAAAUAUUUGGCUGAGAAUUCAAGUCUAGUCUGAGCGAGAGUUUGCAGACAAGAAAUAAAAUAUUUGGGUGAGAGUUCACCAAGUUUUAUUGUAUACAAUUGUCUGAGCGAGAGUUCGCGGAGAAGAAUAAAAAUAUUUGGGUGAGAGUUCACCAAGUUUUAUUGUAUACAAUUGUCUGAGCGAGAGUUUGCGGACAAGAAUCAAAAUAUUUGGGUGAGAGUUCACCAAGUUUAUUGUAUACAAUUGUCUGAGCGAGAGUUCGCGGACGAGAAUCAAAAUAUUUGGGUGAGAGUUCACCAAGUUUUAUUCUAUACAAUUGUCUGAGCGAGAGUUCGCGGACAAGAAUCAAAACAUUUGGGUGAUAAUUCACCAAGUUUUCAUUGUAUACAAUUGUCUGAGCGAGAGGUCGCGGAUAAUAAUCAAAAUAUUUGGGGGAGAGUUCACCAAGUUUUAUUGUACACAAUUGUCUGAGUGAGAGUUAGUGGAUAAUAAUCUAAUUAUUUGGCUGAUAAUAAUUCACCACAUUUUGUGUAUAUUUGUCUGAGCGACAGUUCGCUCACAAAAACAUGAAUAUUUAAAGAGUUUACCAAGUUCUAUUAAAAACGCAUGAGACUAUUUGUGUAACGAGCUCAACAAGUUUUAUUGUACAGGAUAGUCUGAGCGACCAUUCGCAGAUAAAAGUUAGAAUACUUGAGGAGAUCUAUGCAAUAAACAUUACUCUUUACUUGUGACACUGAGAUUUUCCUAACACUAAUGGGAAACCUUGGUUCCAGACUAUAGCACCUGCUAUAGCUGGUAUGUUUAUUGCAGAAUUUUGACUAAUAUUGUUUGUUGCCUGCUAGAAUGUUUUGGCCCACAGUUAAUCCACGCCCACGGUUACACAUUUACAUAUCAUAUAACGCGCCUGCGGUUAAGAUAUCAGAUCAUACGAUAUGGUGUUUUUUCUGUGUGCCUGUCUUUGUCUGAGAGAUUCAGUGUCAUUCAUAAAUCACUCGUUUUCACUGGUCUAACAAAAUAUUGUGUUUCUUCAUGCGGGCUCAUUUUCACAUGAUAUUUAUUUCUCGUUAUGUCUUAGAACCUUAAGGAAAUAUGUGCAGAUUUGCAAAAAUCUGUUGAGGAGAUGUCUCGCCCAUCCCUAGCUGGUGUUAUAAAGAAAACUAUGGACUAUGCUAUGCAACCCCCCGUUGCGUUCAACAAGUCUGAGGCACUUGAUCACCUCGAGAAUCUACAAAAUACUGCUCGUGACGCCAAGGAUGAUUUCCCAGAAUAUUUCCGUUCUUUGGUCCUAUGCCUGCUUGGUAACAAAACCACCAAAAGAUAUUUGAGGCUGUCGCCAAAGUCGAGAAAUCGUUUUAUAAAGCACCAUCGCGUCUACAGACGUCCUUACAUUCUUAUUGACGAGAUACAUCAAUGUUUGGCUCAUAUCGUGGUCGAGGCCGAGUGA